AGUGGUCUAUCGAAGAAGGGGCUUGGAUUUUUUCCACGGGCGUUUCAAGAUGAUUUAAUGCAUUUUAAGGCUGUCUACGUCUUUCUGCACGUUUCUGCUUAUUUUCUUAUCACGAUUCAUCCCUCUCUAACUUUUUCAAAAUGGCGGCGCACAGGGUUGACCCAGCGGCACGUGAAUGUUUAAUAUACUAAAGUUAAAUCGUCGUAUCAGCUCGGAAGAUGCCUUUAAUAGUGAUAACAGGAAUCCCGGCCAGCGGAAAAACGUCAAGAACUGCGGAACUAAAGGAAUUUUUCGAAAACAAGAAAGGGACGAAAGUUGAGGUUAUCAGUGAACGCGAUGCCAUUGUCAAAGCUGGUUAUGACAAGAACACGUAUUAUGCUGAUUCGAGGAAAGAGAAAAGCGUACGAUCCGAUAUCAAGUCAAAUGCACAGCGAUUAUUGAGCCCACACGAUGUCCUGAUAAUAGAUGGUACUAAUUAUAUUAAGGGCCACCGAUAUGAAAUUUACUGUAUGAGUAAAUCGUACAAAACGCCGCAAUGUACUAUUCACUGCGAUCUACCGGUUGAACAUGCGUGGUUAUUUAAUGAACGAUUACCUGAAACGGAGCGAUAUACUAGAGAAAUCUUUGACGCUCUAGUGAUGAGGUAUGAACCACCGGAUAAUAAGAAUCGCUGGGAUUCACCACUGUUCGCGGUAACGCCAGAAGAUGAGUUAAAAUUGGAGGAGAUAUACUGUGCUUUGUACAAAGUAAAGGCACCGAAACCAAAUAUGAGCACUCAGAGCCCACCUCUGUCAUCAGGGAACUAUCUGUACGAGCUUGACAAGGUUACGCAAGAUGUUGUUACCGCUAUUUUAUCUGCUAAACAGUUGGGUAUAGAGAAUGAUAUUAAGAUUCCUGGCUGCGAGACAACUGUCGAGAGAUCAGGAAACACACCUCAGUUAACAAAAUUAAGAAGGCAAUUUUUGACGUACAGCAAGAUGCAACAAAUCGAGCCUAAUCAAAUAGCUUUGCUAUUUGUGCAGUACCUCAAUAAAAGUUUAUAACAUCAUUUUGUUAUAUUUUUUUUAACUUA